AACUGUGAUGAGUGAUCACUGAUCUGUCAACUGUAUAAAAUUAUUAUUAGGGUUAUGUUAUGUAAAAUUAUAUUAAAGUAAAAAACCUUAAAAUGUUUUAUGAUUAAAAGUAUAUCUUUAAAGGAUUUAUCUAUUUUCGAAGCAAUAUCUUUUCAAUAUGUUUCGACAUUUUAUUAAAGUUUUAGAACCUUUUAAAAAUCAACUAAGUCGGGCCGUUGCUGGCAAUGGUAAUGCAUUCCAGCAAAACUGUAUUUCCAAAGAGCAAAAAUUAACAGAGGCAUUAAAGAAGUCAUUACCAGGAAUCACAUAUGUUAGUGUAGAGGAUAUAUCUGGAGGCUGUGGUGCUAUGUUUGAAGUUAGUAUAGAAGCAAAGGAAUUUAAGGGUUUGUCAACAGUUAAACAACAUCGCUUGGUAACAGAAUCCUUAAAGAGUGAAAUUGCAGAGAUGCAUGGCAUUAGGAUUCAUACCUCACCUUCACCUAAUGGUCACUGAUGCAAACCAUACCACUAGAAUAUAAUAUUAUUAGUUG